GCUCCACGAAGCCACCAGCUGCCCCCCCCAGCUGCAAAAGGGGGGACGUGUCCCCCUCCAGCACCUGCACCGGGUGGGCUGCAUGGGGGCUGCUUGCUAAACGAUCACUGAAACCUAAACGCAAAUGGCCACGGGGGCCCGGCAAGAAAAUAGCAACAGGAUGGCUGAUAAACCUGCCCUGAUACCCACAGGGAAAUGUGCCUGGUUGCAGGCAGCCCGGCAAGGGCCAGCACUGCAGAGCCCUUUUAAGACCAGGAUUUAUGAAGAGCUGCUUCAAAGGAGCUCAGAACUCUCUGAACACUCCCUUGGCCUCAUGCUCAGGGUCUGCUUUGCCCCAGUCUCUCCCCAGGGCUGAGCUUGUGCCCUGGAAAAGACCAGUGUAGGUGCUCACCUCCCUCAGGAUGGCUAAUGAGGAAACACAAAUGAUGGCCAAAGGCACAACUGAAUCCAUCAGCGCAGAUCUUUCCCAGCCUAGCACCACCCAUCCCAAGCACCUACAAAACGUGCAGGGCCGAUGGGGUCUCCUUUUGGCUCCUCUCCAGGUGCUGGGCAGGCUCUGGUGGGAGAUGCCCCUGCUCUCACCCUCCUUCCAACUGUUUGAAGACCCACAAAAGGCACAGAACUCACUGAAGUUCAGCAUCCCAGAAAAUGGGGCUUGAGGGUUAUACUGAGAUAUUCUAAACCAGUAACUUAAACGAUGUGUGGGGCACCAGGGCACAGGAGGAGUUACGGGGGUCAUUCAGGAGGAGGGAGCAGCCACAAACUGCUGGGAAUUUGCUAUAUGCCAUCAUCUCCUGAUUGCUAGCGGGGACUGGGGAGCUGAGGGGGCUGGAUGGCUGUCAUUUGCAAUCACUGUUUUCCAGAGCUCUCUAGAAUACUAGUCAUUUGGCAAAAAAACCCAACAUGUUUUGCUAAGUGUGAACUCGGAGCCUGGGUCAGGUUUCGCCUGGGAAAUCAAGGGAAUCAAAUUGCCCCUGAGCUGCCUCCCCCUCAGCAUCCAUCUGACACCAAAAUAACCUCACCUUAACUCCAUCCUCACUCCCCAGAAGCUUCUGGGUCAGAAAUCAGACCCAGCAGAGCCUUCAGAAAACAUUCAUGGUGCAGUUGGACUGUUUAUCCCUCGGUUGCCCUCCGUGCCCAUGCAGCAUCCCGAGGAGCUGCUGACAGAGCUCGUGUCACACCCACGCCACGGCCCGGGCGGUGCAGACAGGCAGCUGCUCCCGAUGUCCCCAAACCCUCCUUGAUUUUCAGCUGAUGGCCACUGCGGGGCUUGUGUUGCUGUCCGAUUCUAUCAGCAGGAGCAGCAGCCCCUCCUGAGCCCUGUCCUUGGGAUUUGCGGUGCUCCCUCGGCCUUCCCUCGCUGCAGGAGCCCAGCAGGACUCUGACCCUCAUCAUGCAGUCAUGGGGGCUCAUGGCUGGGGCCAGAAUGAGCUGCCUUGCCAGGAAAACCCCAAGGGAGGCUCCAGGGGCUCUGCUGCUCUGUGCAGGAUUGGGGCACUCACGGAGGCAGCAAGAGCUGUGUCUGGCCAUGGAUUACACGGGCCAAGGGAGGGGCCCAGGCUGGGAGCUGCUGUUCCAGGGAUUUGGCACUGCGCUGUUGAAUUCCAUCCUCAUCCCACUAAUGACAACCUGCUUGGGGAAAGAGGGCUCCCCUCUUUGUGCCCCAGGGGGACACAAGGUGUUGGAACUGGCUGGGUGGUGGGAGCAAGCUGGGCAUCAGCAUGAUCCUGAAAGGCAGGGGGCAGCCCUGGGGCCGCCACAGGGGGAUGCAGGGGGAUGGUGACAGCUGCAGUGGGACCAGCUCUGACCUGAUGCCCAACGACAGCGUGGGACCCCGCGCGGGUGGCUGCUCCCUCCACCCCCCUGCCCCAGGAUGGAGCCUCCAGCCCCUCUCCACAGGAGACCGAAUGCAGACAUGCCCUGAGGUCACUGUGGGUGCCUGGGGGAGCAGGACAGAUCCCAGCACAUGUCCCCAAAACACAUCCCAGCCCCUGGAGAAGGAAAAGGGUUAAACUGGUGUCUGCCUGAAAGACAUCCUAACGCAGGAGCAUCAGCUCGAGGUGCUGCUCACGUGCUUGCACCCUCUGCCUCCCUGCUUCUAGCCACCUCGCUGGGAUUUUCCCCACCUUCCUCCGGCUCCUUGGGACCAGUCUGGGGCUGGAGGGGACUUGGGGGCAGUGGGGGAAUGCUGUGACAGCUGAAAAAUGAGCCACCAGGCAGUGAGAGAAGUUUCUGAAAAGAGAAGAGGAAUCUGCCUUGAAUGAAGAGGAUUUUAGCACCUUGGGCUAAGCCAAUAAACCUCUGCCAUCCCCAUCCGAACGGGAAUUGUUUGCACACGCUCCCAGAGCUGCUUAAAGCAGGCAAGACACAAAGAGAGAAUAGGAUCAAGCAUGAUGGGGGGAGAAACCGCCCUGCCUGGAGAGCCUGUGAGCAGAUCCCUAUAGCCGUGCCGGGGCAGUGCCCGCAGGGACAGGGGGUUCACCCAGCCCUGAUCUCCCAGGGACGGGCUGUGCCCCCACUGCCGCCUCACCUCAGCGGGGCUGGCAGCCAGGACGGUGCUCCCAGAAGAUGCUCUGUCCUGCUGAACACACCAGCCCUCUCCACCGCUGGCAGCAAUUCUGGUCCCUGAAGUCCCCAUCCGAGUGACACGGUAGCACCAUGGAGGCAUCUGGUCCCGUGGGAGGUAUCAUGGUGACUCUCUUCUGCUGCUGCCUCCUCAGCUCGGCGUGGGCUCUGGUUGAUCCCGAUGAUGUUCUCACGAAAGAAGAGCAGAUCUAUCUCCUGGUGGAGGCCAAGGAAAAGUGUCAGAGAGACAUAAAGGCCCAGCUGGAGAAGAUCAAAGACCCCAGCUGCCCUCCAGAGUGGGAUGGGAUCAUCUGCUGGCCAAGGGGCUCCCCCAGCCAGGAGGUGUCAGUGCCUUGCCCCGACUACAUCUAUGACUUCAACCACAAAGGUCAUGCCUACAGGUACUGCAGUGCCUACGGGACCUGGGCCAUGGCUCUCAGCAUCAACAAGACCUGGGCCAACUACACGGAGUGUGCCCUGCUCUUCUCCUCCGAGAGCCGGAGCCGCGAGAAGGAGGUGUUUGACCGCCUGCACCUGAUGUACACGGUGGGCUACUCCAUCUCACUGGCCUCCCUCAUCGUCGCUGUCUGCAUCCUCUCCUACUUCAAGCGCCUGCACUGCACACGGAACUACAUCCACGUCCACCUCUUCACCUCCUUCAUCUGCCGGGCCCUCAGCAUCUUCGUGAAGGACAUGGUGCUCUACUCAGGCACGGUGCCCAGCGACACCGACAGGAUGCGGGAGGAGGAUUUCAGGGGUCCCUUGCCAGGACAACGGGGCCACUUGGUUGGCUGCAAGGUGGUGGUGACUCUCUUCCUCUAUUUUCUGGCCACCAACCACUACUGGAUCCUGGUGGAAGGUCUCUACCUGCACAGCCUGAUCUUCAUGGCCUUCCUCUCCAACAAGAACUACUUGUGGGUCCUCAUCAUCAUCGGCUGGGGUCUCCCUGCUGUGUUUGUGUCUGUCUGGGCCAGCGUCAGGGCCUCGCUGGCGGAUACGCAGUGCUGGGACCUCAGUGCGGGGAACAUGAAGUGGAUUUAUCAGGUCCCCAUCCUGGCUGCUGUUGUGGUGAACUUUUUCCUCUUCCUCAACAUCGUCCGGGUGUUGGCCUCCAAGCUCUGGGAGACCACCACGGGCAAGCUGGACCCCCGGCAGCAGUACAGGAAGCUGCUCAAGUCCACGCUGGUGCUGAUGCCGCUUUUCGGAGUCCACUACGUGGUGUUCAUGGCCAUGCCCUACACCGAGGUCUCCGGGCUCCUGUGGCAGAUUCAGAUGCACUACGAGAUGCUCUUUAACUCCUCCCAGGGUUUCUUUGUGGCUUUUAUCUACUGCUUUUGCAAUGGGGAGGUGCAGGCCGAGAUCAAGAAGGCCCAUUUCCGGAGGCUCCUGGCGCUGGACUUGGGGCAGCAGGCGCGCCCCGGGAGCUGCUGCUGCGCCGGGCCGGGGUCCCAGGCCCCCCAAAGCUGCAGCACGAGCCUGGCGGGGCGGGGAGCGGGGGGCACCCGGGGGCUGCUGCUCCCGGCCCGGCCCCGCCCGCCCGGAUACAUCCCCAGCUCCGGCGCCUCGGACCAGCUCCUGCCCUGCCCCGCCCAGGAAAUGAGCCAGAAACCCCGGGGGGAAAACACGAUGGGUCUGACAGACCCGACUCAGUGUCACCCCAAGCCCGACAAGGAGCUGGAAACGGUGCUGUGAAAAGGAGGGUGCAUCUCCCACCUCGGCAUCCAGAUGUGCCCGGAAAGAUGCUGAUCCUCACGCUUCGGGCUCUGCUGACACUUGCAUGGAGGGCCAGGGUUGGUACAGCAGCUGGAACAGCCCAGCUCCCUUUCCGUCAGAGCCAGUGUACAAAAGGAUCAGGUGCUCUCGCUCCUCCUUUCCCCCGGCCCAAAAACAAGCCAUAAAACCUCAUUCUCCUCCACGUGCAAGUGACUGAUAUGAUGUCUGUGCAUGCAAAGCCUUGAGUCUUCACCAGGAAUCACCUCCGUGCUCACUCCUACCCCACAAGUGGGAGGUGACUUCUCCAGGGCAUUAAAGCCCAUCCCCUCGGACUCCCCUACCCAGAACCAGCUCCAGCCUUGUCCGGCCUGGGGGAGCACUGAGUGCCCGUGGAGCUGCUCUGCAGCUCACCCUGCCCUCCCUUGCAUCCUCUGCAGCUCACGGGUGGCAUGAACAGCAACACACAACCACAAAUCAGACCAGGAGGCACUGGGACAGGGUGGGCUGAGGGAGGCAGGACAAACUUUGUGGCCUGGAAGGGUGCAGGGAAUACCUGGACCCCUAACACUUCAUCCAUUAACACACAGGCCCCUGCAUGCAACAGUCGUGGCCGUGUCAUCUCAUUGCAGGCUAAGAAGUGAAUAGUCUGUCUGGCUUGUGUCCAUCCUUGUAUUCUACCACGGAGCCAGCGGCCAGUGGCUGGAGAGCAGCAGUGGGGGGAAAGGCUGGAACCCCGGCCCCGUUCCCAGCCAGGUCUGCUCUCCCUGCCCCCUGCCAGCGACAGGCAGCCCCAGCAUCCCCCUGCCCACUGCUCUGCACUGGCUGGGAAAGCUCCUCGCCUGAGGGAAAAGGCAUUCCCAAGGAGCUGGUGUAGAUGGCAAAUGAAUUAAACAGCAUGUUGGUGGUAGCAUGGAGCAUCUUUUUCCUACACAGUUCCUCAAGGCAGCAAUUUCAUGCUAAAGACAGUGUCAGGGAACAGGUAAAUAAUUCUGUGAAACACUAAGGUGGAAAGGGAGUCACAGGGAACUGGAGGGACAAACAACCAGGAGCCAUGUCAGGGGAGGGAAGGGCUCCAGGAUUCACAUUUUUUUAAUCAUCUCCUGGAAGGAAUUUGUCUCUUUGGAAGACACCAGCACAGCUGCCACUACAGGGACAGAUCCCCUCUCAGGGCAGCUGGAAUGCUGCUCACACUGCUCCCUUGUUCCAUGGGGAUGGAACCAACCCUCCCAUGGACCUCGCACAGCCCUGCAAGCUGACAUUUGUGGCUCCCUGUCACUUAUCAGUAUUUACUCACUCUCUGCCCAAGAGGCUCCCGGUAGCUGGGAGAGGGGUGAGGAAUUUCAAUAAUUCUACAAAGAGCAGAGGGAAGUGUUAAAAAGGGGAGAACCCCCAGCAUAUGCCUCACAUGGGGCUGGUUCCCAGUGGCAGCGAGCUGGGAUCCGGGAAGGGAGGGAGCAGAUGGCAGCUCAGACUGUGGGGAUAUUUUUACAAUUUGUUUUGAAACUCCAAUCUUUAAUUGCAGAGUGAUGAACCUUCAGGGUGAGAAGGGGAACACAACAGCUUGUGAAGCCCUGCCAGUCUGCCCUGAACCACCCCUGUCUUCACACCAAAUGUGCAGAGCUCAAACCAGGGCAAUGAUUCCUGCCCAGACUGUGGGGAGCGAAUUCUGGAAACUAUUUUUAAAAACUCUGCAACAGAUUAGAGCUGAUUUCUGAGGGGGCCCAAAUAAUCACUUGGUGUCUUAACUGAAGCCAUUCCGGUGUCAGUCAGAUCUCGGGACUGUUGCUGAGUUCUCUUUCCAGGUCUGCCCAUGACCCCACGAAAAGCUGGGAUGAGUCCUAUGCCCUGGGCUCUAUCCUUUCCUCUUAUAAAGCAGAGGAAAAUCUAUUUCCCAGGAGGCCUUGAAGCUAAAGCAGGGUUCGUGAAACAUUUUGGGGUGAAAGAUACUAAGAAAAACCACAGGAAGUCUUUUAUCAACUACAAUCCACAACCUCUGGUGAGAGAGACACAGUCAAAUCUCCAGUCAGUCAGUUCUCCAUCUGCACACCAGGGCAGCCAAAGGAAGUGGAGAAUAAAAAGCACACACUGAAUAUAUUUGUACCAGUAAUAAAACAUUUACUAGAGCAAGCAGAAAGUAAAUGCACAGCUGAUAAAGAAAACAUCACAAUGUCACAAAACCCUGACAGCUUCUGGUACUUCUUCCAGUGGAAACAAGCCAGCGGUGGGUGCUGACAUGUUCCAACUGAAAAGUUCUUCCCUACCUUGUGGCAAAAAAAAAAAAAAGUUAAAAAAUGGG